AUGGAUGAAAAUGGUCAAGGCAAAGUAAUGACUGUUAUACUCAGUCACGGGAAAUUUCCUUGUGAACUUGAAGCAUGGCAAGACUUAGUUGAUUUUGAACUCGCGGGCAACUUGGAUUACUCGGGAGAAGAGCUGGUUCCUUUGUUCUCCUUAGGCUCGGGCAUCACGCACCAUGGCCAAGCUUUAGAGACAAAGGUCUUUCAGUGUGUUGGAACGAGGACCGGAAUUUUGCGUUCAGAUUUCCACAAAGAGCCUUCAAAGGAGUAUAAAUCUGCGUGCUACUGUGGAUUUCUCCAACAUCUUCCUUUCUGGACGCGUUGA